GAGAAAGAAGCCGAAUGCGUCAAGCAACCAGAGCAACGGAUUGAAAAGCAUCCAUUUUCAGAACCUUGGGAAGAUAGUGAUUUGGUGCUCGCGGUGGAAGAUGAGACAUUUUAUGUCCAUCGACAGAUACUGAGUUUACACUCACCAGUGUUUAAAGCAAUGCUCAGUUCACAGAAAGAAGGAACGGCCACAGAAAUUCCAUUAGCAGGAAAAAAGGCAAAAGAGGUUUUGGAUUUCCUGAAGGUUCUCUACUUGAAAGAAACAGAAGGCAUUACUUGUAAGUAGAGAACGUGCCUUAAAAAUACUUAGGAAUGUAAUGUAUGUCCUUGUACUAUAGACAUUAUAUAUCGCUAAGGUGGUUUGCAAUGUAUAUGAUGCAAGCCCAAACAAGCUAAAAAAAGCAAAACAAGCGAGUCAAUCUAACAUGAACAAUGCUUUAUUUAAUUUAACCUACGAAGCGAGUGAUAUCCUUAACGUAAACUUAUCGUCUGGCGUAUCGCUCUAAAGUAGCGAGAACUAUUAUUAGCAAACCAGUCCUUAGCCAAACCUAAAGGAACUGUAACACAGCGAUUACAUCGAAAAGACUAUACGCAGUGCUGAUUCGACGCUUUGCAAACACAACUUCUUGCUUAUUCUUUCGCGAACACAUACCUAAGCUUCCUAAGGAUUAAAACAAAAAAACAGAUUGAGUAAUCAAAACAUUUCACAGUCGAAUCGGGCUUCAGGAAAAUCUCACCUGGUGCUUAGACGUUUCGCAAUUAUAUGACCUUCACUGUGUUCAUUGGACUCAACAAAGCAUCCAUACGCAUUCACUACCAGUUUAAAUUUUGAACUGCUUUCUCCGGUGACAUUUUAAGUCAUAUGAAGUCGGCGAUAUAUCUUCCUCCAUUUGGAAAAGAAUUUAAGUCUUACUGGCCUCUUUGAUACUGAAGCCAAUCAAAACACUGUGUUUGACAAAAAAAUCGUUUCAAAACACAUGUACAUGUUUUGAUGCCAGUUUCCUACGACCGUUUGUUUUUCAGCACUGAAAAUUACUCUAUAUUUAUUCUAGAGAAAGAAAGUGACUGUUCAUUUUUUUUUGAAAAAGAGAAAAACAAAAAAUGGGUCAUUUACCUCUCUAGGAGGCUCCAGCCUUAAGGCAAAAGCCAACCAUGUUUUAAUUUGCGGGUGAUAAUUUCGCGCGCUUGAACUAACACGUAGUAAGAAUGCGCAACGCAGUACUAAAAAUCUCCCCGUCCUUCGCCCUUUGUUCUUCUCUUUUUGUUUUUGUUUUCCCUAUCUGUCUAACUGUGGUUUUGGUUUCUGUUACUGAUUAGUAAACAAAAUGGGUCACCUUCUGAAGCUAGCUGAUGAGUACGAAGUACAGGGUGUGGUCGAUCUCUGCGUCAAGUGCCUCAAAGAUGUGCCAAAGUCUGAGGAGAAUGUGGUGAAGAUUCUAUAUCUGGCAACAGACACACUAAAAGCUGGUGAGGAUUCUAGGCUUGAUAGCGUUCGCAGAGAUUGCGAAAUCCUCGUCAAAGACAUGGACCUUGCCAAUAUCACUGCAAAGGGUGAUUUUAAGAAUCUGAACCGAGACAGCAUGGAAAAAGUUUUUGUUAAGAGAACUGAACGUUUAGAAAGUUUUAUUAAGGACGUUCAUCCUCAGUUGAUUGGGUUAGUGGAAUAUUGUUUACACCUAAAACUAGAAUCGCCUUUUCCUUGUGUAACUCGCUGCCCUCAACACCUGCCACCUGGGAAAUCGCUCGGUUCUAGACCUGAACAUAUUGGUCUUCUUCAGCGGAUCAAUAGUUGUUUUGGUUGUAGAGAUAUGAUUACACAGUUAGUUUCUUCAUCUUACAAACCAGUUCAAACCAUAACCCAAGAGGAUGCCUCUGAAUCCCUCCCUGUCCAGGCUGUCCCAACAGGAGUUGUUAAGGAACACGUGUAUGGGGGCGGUUUCCACUUUGACGAGAAAUUGAUUACACUUCUUCAGGAUAUAAACAAGAUAGUUGACCUCCCUCUUCCCAGAUUUGGAACCUCAACUACUAAAACCCCUGCUUCAUCCAGUCUGGGGACCACUGCUGCUAGCCUCCCUGCUUCAUUCAGUUCGGGGACGUCAACUAUCAGCUCCCCU